AUGGAAUGCUCGAAGCGCACAUUGUUUUUCACCAGAGAUAGCAGACCACGAGUUUAUAGCGCCGUCAGAUGUCAUCAGGCAGGGUCCUGCUCCGAACAAAUAUGCGCGAACCUCAGAGCAAAUGGAACACUAGAGGAGCUCCAAUACUCUGAAAAAUAUCCGGGAUACUCAGGAUGUGAAAGAUCCUGUGGUGGCUUAGCUUGUGGAUGUUUCUUCCCGAUACCGGCGUGCUCGUUCUAUAGAGUGGCACACGUACCACGCAACACGGACGUAUACGAAGUCAUGGAUUGCUUAGAAUGGAAACCCAGCGUCAACAUUUCUUUGCAGCUUACGCUUUUCAACAGGGUAGUAUCUAAACAGCUGAUACUGCUACCCUAUGUCACACAAAAGUUUGAAGAAAUCGAGUUCACAGCCAUAUCGGUGCAUAAACCAGCGCUCCCCAUACUCCACAGACGCUUCGCUGUCUCUGAAACUAACGCCUUAUCAAUUCCCGAAGGCUGUAAACUACUAGUUGAAUGUCCAUCCGCAACUACAGCAUUAUCAAACUUUAAAUCUUGUGCAAAUCGUAUGAUAUGCGCAUGCAUAGGAACAAGCCCUCCAACUCGAUGUGAUUGCCCUAAUGAGAAUAUUUGGGACAUCGAAGCAGAUCAAUCAAACAAGCUGCCUACAAUAACGCCAUUCUCCGAAACAUUUGUCUAUGGUAGCAGUAUCGUUACAACUACACAGGAAGCGGAGGUUACGGUAAAGAUUGAAUCAAAACUGCUUCUAGACUCGGGGCAUUACACUUUAGAUCAGGAAUGCAAAGUCUCAGUCACCAAUGUGACAGGAUGUUACGACUGCCAAGAAGGUGCAACUAUAUUCAUAUCAUGUCUAACCGAAAUCGACGCGUGGCUGACAAUAAAAUGCGGUGCGCACACUUUUCCAGUCGAAUGUGGUGCAAAAAGUAUGCAAUCGAAAAUUGUCUUGGAUUACGAUCAAGCUAUCGUUGAGGAAAAAUGCACAGCGACAUGUAAGGGACAACAGGUCGAAUUUGAUCUCGCAGGCCAUCUCGAAUACAUGCCCAAACACUUGAAGGCGGCUUCGUUUGAAAAUAAUGAGGACUUCACAUGGCAUCAAAAACUGGAUUGGUUUAGCGAUAUCAAAAGAUCUUAA